CAAACUUGUUCCCGCGGAGCCCUUUAACUCGCUCACGUGUAGUUCCCUGACGCCUCUCCGCCGCCAUGGCGACGCGCCGGAAAUCCUCUUCGACCGCCGGAAAACCCGAGGAGAUUCUCUCCGAAGACCGGAAGGCCUCGCCUGAUGACCCUCCGUUGGCGUCUCCGAAGCUAGGGCUCAUCCUCUCCGCCUCCGCCCUCUUCUUCGCCCCUUUCUUCUACCUCCUCUUCUAUCACUACCAGAUCGAGCCCGAGUUGCGGCGAUCCAUCGCCAUCAGUGCUGCCAUGAGCUUCGGUGGCUUCGUCGUGGCCGUCAGGAUGAUCCCGGUAGCCGCCCGCUACGUAUUGAGAAGGAAUAUGUUCGGCUACGACAUCAACAAGAAGGGCACUCCUCAAGGGGCCAUCAAAGUGCCUGAGUCAUUGGGAAUUGUGAUUGGUAUUGUCUACUUGGUUAUUGCUAUUCUGUUUCAGCAUUUCAACUUCACAUCAGACUCCAGUUGGCUUGUCGAAUACAAUGCAGCACUAGCAUCUAUCUGCUUCAUGAUUCUUCUUGGAUUUGUUGAUGAUGUUCUCGAUAUUCCAUGGAGAAUAAAAUUGGUUUUGCCCUCAUUUGCAGCACUUCCCCUUUUGAUGGCAUAUGCUGGACAUACUACUAUAAUCAUACCAAAGCCUCUUGUUCAGUAUGUUGGAGUAGCAGUUCUGGAUUUAGGUUGGAUAUACAAGCUAUAUAUGGGCAUGCUAGCAGUCUUCUGUACAAACUCUAUAAAUAUACAUGCAGGGCUAAAUGGACUUGAAGCUGGGCAGACAGUCGUUAUAUCAGCUGCAAUUUUAAUACACAAUAUAAUGCAAAUUGGUGCAUCAGCGGACCCUGAAUAUAAACAGGCCCAUGCAUUCUCUAUUUACCUUGUUCUGCCUCUGCUGACUACUUCAUUAGCUUUACUUUCUUAUAACUGGUACCCUUCAUCGGUUUUUGUUGGUGAUACCUACACUUACUUUGCUGGAAUGGCUAUGGCUGUAGUAGGAAUACUUGGCCAUUUUAGUGAGACGCUCUUGCUUUUCUUCUUGCCUCAAGUUCUGAAUUUCCUGUACUCAUGUCCUCAACUUUUUAAGAUCAUUCCUUGUCCAAGGCAUCGCCUGCCAAGGUUUGAUCCUCAGACAGGACUUUUGACUGGGACGAAGGAUGGGACCCUUGUAAACCUAUUCCUAAGAUUGUUUGGCCGGUGCUCAGAGAAGUCGCUUUGCAUUAGACUUCUUAUUUUUCAGGCUUUGUCAUGCCUUCUAUGUUUCGGGUUGAGGCAUUUCCUUGCUGGAUGGUACAAAUGAGACCACUGUAAGCUACAUCCUUCCUUGCUGAUUUCAUUGAUAUCCAGGAAUUUUAGCAGAGCGGUAUCGGAAUUUUUGUAAUCUGGCUUGUAAUAUUAGAAACAGAAUGGCACAUUCGUUGUCAAUUUUUCCUCGGCCCAUGAGAUGCGUGGUUCUCUAAUUGGUCUGUGAUGAUUUAUACAAAUUAUCAUGCAGCUUGCCAGACAUGGUUGAGAUCAUUAAAAGCAUUUCACUUUAUUCA